AUCUUGACAGAUUUCGUCACUAACCUGCCCAAGAGCAAGAGGUUUGACUUGAUUAAUGUGGUGGUAGAUCAAGGACUGUCAAAAGGCAUAGUCAUCACUUUAUGCAAGAAAAUUAUUAUGGUGGAAGAAAUGACUACACUCUUCCAAAACAACAUUUUCAAUCAAUAUAGAUUACCAACCAAAAUAGUGUCUGAUCAUGGCCCUUAA